AUGAGUCGAUUCGCUGCGAACAAUAUUCUUUAUGCAGUGCCUACAAAUACUUCCAAUGGGACUGAUGAAGGAUGUAUGCUACUAAAUCCGUCUCAGAGCGUUAUCAUUACUGGUGCAUACAACGGUAUUCCGCAAACGUUGAUUCUAAAUUUGAUAUCAUGGGUAUGUUUGAUUCUAUUGUUCACCGUAUUACGUCGAACAGCCUGGAACUAUGGACGGAUGGCUCUCGUCCAACGGUCAAAGAGCAGGUGGACUAAUUUAUUUUACCGCGGCAGUGAUAAUGACACAUUGGUAGAGAGGAGACGGAGCACAGAUGAGUCAAUGAACAUAGAUGAAGGUUUUUUCACGUGGUUGCCCGCCGUGUUUCGUCUUACGCGUGAACAAGUGCUCGCUAAAUGUGGCCCAGAUGCCGUACAUUACCUGUCAUUUCAAAGACAUGCUAUAACACUCAUGUUCAUUGUUACUAUAGUAUCUAUUGGGAUUAUACUGCCAAUAAAUUUCCAAGGAACUAACUUACAAGUUGAUGCAAGCACAUUUGGCCGUACUACUCUGUCAAAUCUAAAUGGAAGAUCAUACUGGCUAUGGGUCCACACAUUGAUCAGCAUCAUGUUCCUACCUGUGUCAGUGUUAAUUAUGAGAAGAUGCACCGGCCGCAAACCUGUGCCAAACUCCAUGACAGGAACUAUUAUGAUAACAAAUAUAUCCAGAGCCGACAGAAAUGAGUCAACAAUCAGAGCAUAUUUCACUCAUAAUUUCCCUCACAUACAAAUUGUUGACUUACGACUAGCUUUCAAUAUAAACAAGUUGAAUGAAGUACAAGAGAAGAAAGAAAUGGUCACAGAAGCUCUUAUAUAUACCGAUACAUAUUACAGAAAAACUGGAAAAAGAAUUACUGUGAAACCAACGCUAUGUGGACCGGAGGUUGAUGCUCUAGAAUUCUACACUCAAGAAGAAAAACGUCUCAAAGAUGAAGCUAAGAGAUGUCGUGCUUUAGUCCUCAAUGAUCCUCUCGGUAUAGCCUUCCUAACUCUUCCUUCAUACCAACUGGCUGAGCAUGUGAUCAAUCACUUCAGUUUGCAUAGGGGUUGGGUUCUACAACACGCCACCAACCCAUCAGAUAUUAUAUGGGAGAACUUGAGUGUCCAACCGGGCGUCUGGUAUGUAAAGGCCAUAGUAGUUAACUUCUGUCUAUUCAUUGUUUUGUUUUUCCUUACAACACCAGCUUUCGUUGUCAAUCUCUUCAACACCCUGGUAGCUAAACCAGAGACUCUUAGUAAAAUAAGUAGUUUGAUAUUUGAAUUCUUACCCACACUACUUCUGUGGACCAUGGCGGCUGUAAUGCCUGCUAUUGUCGCUUUCUCUGAUAAAUUUCUUUCCCAUUGGACCAAAUCUCAGCAAAACUAUUCUAUUAUGGCAAAAACUGCGUCGUAUUUAUUAUUAAUGACUUUAAUUCUACCCUCGUUGGGACUAGCCAGUGCUGAAGCUUUCAUUGCAUGGACUCUACACCACGAAAACGACACGUUGCGUUGGGAUUGCGUAUUUUUACCAGACAAGGGCGCCUUCUUCGUCAACUACGUCAUCACCUCCGGCUUCAUCGGAACAGCGCUCGAACUUAUACGAUUUCCUGAAUUAUUCCUAUACGUCUGGUAUCUCUUACAAUCUAAAUCGAAAGCAGAAAAAAGUUACGUAAAGAAGGCCAUCUUAUACGAGUUUCCUUUCGGAGUCCACUACGCAUGGAGUCUCGCUAUAUUUUCUAUAACCAUGGUGUACAGUCUAGCAUGUCCGUUGAUCGCACCGUUCGGUCUCAUCUACUUCGUCCUGAAGCACAUAGGUGAUAAACACAACCUGUACUUCGCGUACGGUCCGUGUGACAUGAGCGGGGUCGGCGGCGGUAGAAUCCAUGCUACAGCCGUCAGGUUGAUCAGAAUAUCGGUGUUGCUCUUGUUGAUUAAACAUGGCGGCCUGGGCAGGGCUGCGGGCUGGUUUCGAGGCUCGGACUAUUAUUUUGAUAAUGGCAUCCGUAGUCGCGUUUGGGACGUUCCUGCUAUUGAGUCCUUUCCCGAGUUGUACGCCGCCAGCGCCCUUACAGUCGGAGACGACCUUGCGGUUUCCCGAGUAUGUGGCUCCAGUUCUCACUAA